AUAUGUAGCAUAGAUUCACCUUCAGACAGCUCAGUCCCAGUAGUAGUCGAGAAUCCGUCAUCUUGCAUUUGUGAGAUGUAUGAGGAGCUUGUGGUCCUUUUCUAGCUUUCUCACAGAUUCUUCCGUUUAGAAGGUGUUGAACUAAGAGCGACACUACUUUGGAGAUUAUCGAUAUAAAUAUUUUUAUUGCUGAUCUUCUGGAUCUUCUCGUGAGAGCUACUCCUUGUAAAUUCGGGUUCGUCGGCAAUGCCCGUGUGGGCCCUUAUUGGCGUUGCCCUUACGUGGCAGGCCAACGACGAUUGCAUCAAGCAUUUUGGAAUGUCGAUUCCAGAGUCGUUGUUACGUUUAGCCCAAAAGGGGCGCGAAGUCAUUCGGGAUAUUAACGACUCGAUGCGGUUUGAAUGGAGCAGUGAGUUCAAAACUCAUCGGGCUGGAGACCUUGAGUUUCUGCUUUCAGUUUCCCUCCGUAGUGAUCAAUCACGAGAGGAGCGAGACCCACACGAAGAGGAGGCUAAACAAGGACCCGGCCUACCAUCUUCGGGUGGAGCGGGGGAAAGCUUCGCUGUCACGAACAGGAAAUCCGACACGAGCCGUAUGUGGAUCCACGACGCUGGCGUGCACUAUGCGUACCGCCAGAGUUCUUUGCCUUCGGCUGUGAUGAUGGUGAUAAGUUCAUCGACGGCACUGACCACUUCAGCAGAAGACACCGUCUGGCAAUCUGCUGCUGUUUUUGAUGCCGGGCUUCUGAGUCCGCGCGCGCAACUCCAGAUGUACGACCGAGAGGUUCUGGCACUGCCAGCAGAUUUACCAGAAAGUAUCAGUACUGUAUUUACGUUUUGCUACUUUGGUACAGAUUCGACUUUCUUUCGUCUACAUUUACAUAUUUUUCUUUUUAUUUUUCGGAAGAGCCUACUAAUUUUAAUUUGUAUUUUUGAUUUUUCAGAGGACUCUCCGAACCAAGGAGAAACAAACAGAAUAAAUUUUCUCAACUCGUCCAAUCAUGCCAGGUCAACAUGACACCGGAGUCGUGCUCAUCCUCAACCGCACUCGAAUUAUUUCCGCAGUGGUGCCUCCAAAUGACACAGCGCUGCCCUCCUGGUCCCGGAACAGCACGAAUAUUGGUGUUCUUGCGGAAGUUCCAGUUGCCGUCACCGAGCUUCUGCGCCGCUCGGAUGGCACAGUCACCUUGUCCUUGAACACGUGGGACCGCUUGUUACGUCUUCAAUCUGUUCAACAAGAACAAGUUCGUCGCCGGUAUGCCAUGCGGAAAAAUGAAGAGGUAGGACGAGACGAAGGUGAUGCAGAUUUAGGACUAGAGCUGGAGGAGCGCGUCACUAGCGAACUGGUUCUGUCGUGGGACACUUUCUCGCUAACCAUGAUCCACAUGGUCAGAACAACCAGACGGCUUACGCCAGCAUCUGCGUCUGCCAGCGCAGCUUGUUGCGGACCAACAAAUAUUAAUCUGAUCACGCACAGCACUGGUUUACUGAAUGAGCACCAAACGACCUCGAAAUCGCAUUUCGUAGAUGACAGAAGAAAUGUUACGGUUACGGAUGGAGCCACGACAAAAUCUUGUACUAAGAGCGGCAGGGAACCCCAUGAAGAUGAUCGUGAGCGACAGGCUGGGAUGAUGGUACAAGUUAAAGAGCAGCCAGUGCUUGGAGUGGCAGGCGCGGCCGGCAUUUCUUGGCAGCAACUGCAACAGGAUUCCCCUGCGGUUCCAGUAGCUGCAACUGGGAAUAAUUCAACUACUCCUACUCGUACUCCAUCGGUGGAAAAAACUACUGGCACUGUCAUUCUUGCGAAUGCUGCUCCUGUGUCUUUUUUUUCACGCCUUUUUCGUCGGGCCCAGUGCGUGUCUUCAAGAAGUGCACCAAUUUGUAAUCGCAUGGAGGACGUCCAUGGAUUCAACGUUCGGUCUGCUGUCCAACACUUUCGCUUGCCGCGGAGUACGCGCCGGAUAUUUCGAUUUCCUCGGGCUUCGAAGCACAGGCAUGACAGCACAUGGACCACGGGGGACAAAAGCAGUCGCAACAACGCCGGUUCCGAUCAGGCCAGCGCUGAGACCACGUCGAGCUCGAGCAACAUCAACGAAAUACUGCCCUCACCUCGUGUCACAAUCGACAGCGCGUUCACCAAGCAAGACCCGCUGCAACGCGAGAGUCUUGGAGGAGAGCCAGCGCGGGUUGCUCUACUACACGAUGCUGACAUGCAACGGCCAGGGCUACUUGAAUCGGCAGCAACAGGAAGACGAGGACCUGCUCACGAGAAGGAAGAAAUCGCAGUGCCAUUGGCUAUAGCGGCAGAAGAACGCGCGAGCGAGAAGUCGUCCUCCCCCUUGUCGAAAAAUAACGAAAGCAAAAAUGGUGCUGAUGAUCGUGAUGAUGAUCUUCACGACGCACGCCGCAAGGACAAGGCUGCGAAACACGUCUUCAAAGACGGAGCCAGUCGUCAUGAAGUAGAUCAUGAUCCGAGUAUGGGCGCUGUCGUUCUUGACGACUCACGCACCACAGCAGAGAUGCGGAAACCGGUCGUACGCGUACCGGAAAUCACAAAGCAGCACAGAACCCCAAGCUACGCAGGGAUGGUCGAAGAGGAAGAUGGACAAGCCAAAAGAACCAAGCCGAGCCGGAAGAUGCUGCAGCACCAGCAGGGGUCUGAUGAUUCCGUUAUCUUCUUACGUGAACAACAAAUGCAACAACUUGGAGUUGGACAGCGGCACUCCAGCGACGCAGAGGCAGAUGCUGUUGCUAGUGGAUUAAAGCAUGAAAACAUGUCAGACGUGCUCGGCCGAGAUGGAGAGGCAGUUAAGCUAGAUCACAGGAGUGGUCUUUACGAAGCGCAGCCCGCAGCUGCUCGAGCACCAGCGCGGGACAGCAAGCACACAGCGAAUCGUGACUUCCUCAGAGACGACAACGACAAUAUACAGGAGUUCCAGACCGGCUGGUACAAGAUAAAUAUGUGUUAAUAUUGUCACCCUCAGGCGCAGCAUUUGCUGAGAUUGAGAUAUGAAUGAAAUAAGACGAAAUAUAUUGCCUGUUCACUCAAUGACAGUGAAUGCAUGUACGAAAUACGACAGCUGAUUUAUUUCGGUGAAUCCCAAGGAAAAUCAAUGUUUUAGAGCAAGCUCACAUCAACCCUCAUCCUCAAGUAAGCGUCGAAGAUAGAAGCUGUCCGGUUCGUUGGUUCUGACGUCCUGACCGAAAAGUCACGCUCCGUUGCUGCAGCGCCCUCACUCGCAAGCUGGAGUGGGUGCGCUGACCAGUGAGUGCGGCGCGCGACAGCGCAGCGCGCCUGCCCGCGAUUCCCGACAAAGGGAUACGCCGCGCCGGUGCCGGUGACAAAAGGAUUCCCGAAAAAGGGCUUUGCCGUUGCGCGUCGCGGGCGGGGGAGCCCCGUAUUUGCUGGACCAGGGCGGGCGACAGUGCCGACGACGGACUCGUAGGAAAAGAUCUGGGUUUGGGGCGCCGGAGAUACGGACCUCCAACCGGCCGGUUUAUCCGUAGAUGAUAAGCAACCCCGGUGCCGGUGGGCAGUUUGUUAGCCAUGAGGUUUGUGAUCCGCCCACUAUGUAUAAUUGCUUCCAUGAUAUCCAUUCCGACUCUUUCACGCCGCCGCUAGACGCAGCACAAGUUGUAGAACCGUGCACAUGUCAGUCGGUCAUUUGGAGGUGAAGAUUACGCAGAGUAUUCGUUGUCGGAGAAGUGUAGAAAUUUCAGGGAGGGGGGUACUUCGUACUUGUGCGCGCGCAUGAGCAGGUAGAAGUCUAAACAUGACAGGGGGAGGUGCAUAUUUCUCGAAAAUUAGUACGGGAUCCGGUAUCGCUACUAGUAGUAUGAUUUAUGGAGGAUGUCAGUAUCACGAAGGCAAUGGCAAAAAUGAAAAUCAUAUAAAAAAAAAUAAAUAAACAUAAAACAUCUGUUUCUCUCAGGUUUUCCUUCUCUCGGCCUUCUGUAUUCGCGCGGUUUUUCGGCUUCCUGGCAGGAUGUUUAGUCAUCAGUAUCCUUGUCUUCCUUGGAUUGAAAUCCCAGAAGCAAAACGAAAACCUGAAGCUGAAGUGCGAACCCCAUGAAGUUGCGAGCGAAGAUCAGAAUGAGGAUCCUACAUCUGCAAGUCCCUUGCUUGAUUCGAAGUCUGCGUCGAAUGGCAAUGGGGCCGAUGCUGCAGGUAGCUCCCCUCGUUUUCAACAAGAACAUCGACAAGACCCGGCGGAGUCUGUCGACGGCCGACAGGAGGACGAGGAGCGAACGAGCAACGGCGGGAACGAAUCACCAGUCGGAAUAAUUUCUGCUCCGGACGAUGUCGAUGAUCAUGAAGAUGAUGAUCGCCAGCGCCAUUCUAUAAGCAGUACAGCUCCAUCAAAGGCGAAACGGACUACAUCUACAUCGGACGAGGAGCAGCUGCAUGAGGCCGCUCACGACGCUCAUUGUCUGGAGGACACUCCCCUUGAGCAGCGAAGUACGAAACGUACACUUUCGAAAUAUGCGCCGGGCAGUGCUGUCGUGGUCGGGGUCGCGCACCACGACGUCGCACAAGUGGUGAUACACGCUCCUGAGCUAGACGAACACGUUGAUGCAAAAGUAGCCGCAGACCACGAUGUGGAGUUACUAGAGGAUCUUUACCACGGUGGUACUGAAGGGGUAAGAGUCAACAAUUUCUUCAACAACUACGCAAGUUCGCCAUCGACCUGGAGCAGCGGAAGUGGAGACGUCAGGAGUAGGCCAUCGCGUUUGCAAAAGAACAUGGACGCGGGAGCCGUGAAACAGUGGUGGUUGAGCAUCGCCGAACAAUUUUACGCCGCGGCCGGUUCAGCAGCCGCCCUCGGAUCAGCAGCGGCAGCUGGUGGCCCCGACAUGAAUUCCUUCGUCGAUCAAGAUGAUGACGAGGACCUGCAUUCGUCUGCUGCUGACUCUGAUGUCGAUGAAAACGAAGACAGCUGCAUGAGCAUGAGGAGCAAGGACGAAUCCGAGGGCUACGUUAGCAGGACCGAGCUGCUGAUCGGGCGACUACCACAGAUGUAUGGUCGCGAGGGCCAAGAAAAAACCAUCACAGACACAAUCGACGGCGACAUUUGGUCGUUGUCGUGGUGCGUCGGCGAAGGCGAAACGGCGUCGGGUUCCGUCGCAGGUGUGCCAGAGCUGGAUGCGUCAAGGAGGCCAAGCAGAAGUGGCUGCCGGGUGAUUCGAUACAGACAACUUGGCCAGAGUCCUGCUGCUUUCGCCGCGCUGCUGUACGAGAUGAACGAAGGGGGUAGUACCGUUUUGUCUCAAGGGAUUGUUUUGACGCGAGCUUGAUGGCCGUACUUUCGCAGCGUUUGGUUUAGGUUCUGUGAAGACGUUCAUCACCAGCAGACCACCAGAACGCAAAAAAUGAAACGCUCUGCUCCUUCCUUUUCCUCCUCUUCCUUCAUUUCUGUCAUGCUUAUUUUCCUUUCUGCACAAAGAUGCCUUCUAUUGCUUUCGCCCUUGCACAUGAUUCCACUUCCAGAUUUAAACACAUGAGUGCAAGUUCCACACUAUGAUUAUCUAAUUUUCAAAACAGGAAGUAGUUUUCUUAGCGUAGUGCUUUUUAGUUUUAGUUUUAUGUUGUUUACUUCAAAAUGCUUUUAUUUUUGUAACUCUCUACUGAGGUUCUGCCCAAGCCGUAGAACACGUGCAAAACACGCGUGUUAGCCCUGCCGCCACGUCCCGCACCGCCCCGCCAUGGCUUGGCCAUAUGACCGGUUUGGGGCGCCCAGAAUCAGAAAAUGCUGGCCGUCCCAAAUCCGUCCCAAAUCUGUCACAAUUUAAAUCACAAACCGCAUGGCAUGACGUUAAAACAACAACAGCAGCUCAUGCUUCUCUUUCUUGACAGAUAUUAAAGAAGCUACGUGCAUUAAUUUUCUGGCAUCUUUUUUCAGCAUGUAUAGUAUUGUGGUUGUCAUCAGAGUUGGAUGCUCACUUUGUGUGUACAUUUAUUUUUGCC